CAGGCCUAUGUAUGGGUGCAGCUGCGUGUGGUGUCAAUCUUGUUACCAGAUGGGCAGUGGAUUUCAGCCCAGAAGCUUGCCAGAGUCUACGCCACAACCACCCGGAAACGGAGGUCAGGCACACAACAGCUGAGGAAUUUCUUGAAUUACUCAAAGCAUGGAAAAAUCUUUGCGAUACUUACUUAUGGUCGGAGACCGGUGGAGCAGCUGAUGCUGAUGAAGACAUUGAAGAAGUUGAUUCAGAGGCUGACUCCUUACUGGAUGAUAACGAUGAGUUGGAAGUAGAUAAGAUUGUUGGGAUCUGCUAUGGAGAUCCCAAAGGGAUCAAAGAGGGCAGUGCACUGUACUACAAGGUGAGCUGGAAAGGAUAUGAUUCUGACGAGGACACAUGGGAGCCAGCAACUGGACUUGAUAAAUGCGACGAGAGCAUCAAAGACUUUGUGAUUGAUGGGUACAAACGGCAUAUACUGCCGCUACCUGGAACCGUCGAUGUGAUAUGUGGUGGCCCUCCCUGCCAAGGUAUAUCGGGCUUCAAUAGGUUCCGGACCAAAGAGGAGCCUCUGAAAGACAUCAAGAAUUUUCAACUUGAGGUGUUCAUGAAUAUUAUCAAGUUUCUCCAACCACGCUUCACAUUGAUGGAGAACGUUGUGGAUAUUAUGCGGUUUGAGAAAGCAUACCUUGGCCGGCUUGCAGUGGCUAGACUUGUUGCAAUGCAGUACCAAGUCCGUCUUGGUUUUCUGGUGGCAGGAAAGUAUGGGCUUCCUCAGUUUCGUAUGAGGACAUUCAUAUGGGGCGCUCGUACUACUGAGAAACUACCAGGGUUUCCUUUACCCACUCACAAAGUUGUUGCCCGUGGCUUUUGCCCAAAACAGUUUGAGUGUAAUGUAAAGGUGUCUGAAGAUGAAGAAAAAUUAUUGAAGAAUGCAUUACUGCUUGGUGAUGCGAUAAGAGAUUUGCCUGACAUUACAACUCAUGAAGAACGAGAUGAAAUGGAAUACGGAGAGGACCCUAUUAAUAUUACUGAGUUCCAAAGGAUGAUAAGACGGCCUAAGCAGGAGUUGAUGGGGUCUGCUAUCCCUAAAUCAGUAACACGGCCAAAGCUCUAUGAUCACCGUCCUUUGAAAUUGAGCAAGGAUGAUAAUAUUAGAGUUUCCCAGAUUCCAAGGAAAAAGGGGGCUAAUUACAGGGAUCUCGAUGGAGUAAUUGUCGAUGGGAACAUUGCACGUCGUCAUCCACACAUAAAAAUCAUUCUUGACUCUGGGAAACCGUUGGUGCCGGAGUACGCAUUGAAAUACGUUAGGGGAACGUCCAAAAAGCCAUUCGGGCGUCUCUGGUGGGAUGAGAUUGUAUCUACUGUAGUGGGGAGGGCUGAGCCCCACAAUCAGGUCAUUUUACAUCCCGAGCAAGACAGAACUUUGUCAAUUAGAGAAAAUGCCCGUUUGCAGGGCUUUCCCGAUUACUACAGGUUCUUCGGGAAUAAAGAAAAACAGAGGUAUAUCCAGGUGGGCAAUGCUGUUGCAGUACCAGUCGGACGUGCACUCGGGUUCGCUCUUGCGAGGGCAGUUAACGAAAUUCCUGACAAUGGACCUGUUUUUGUGCUUCCACCUUCAUUCUCCAGUUAAAUUCUUGUAAAUGGUAACAGUUAUGUUUACU